AUGGAUGAACUAGCCAUUGCGGCCAAAGCACGGCACAGAGUAUCAAAGGCACCGAAGGCGAUCGUGCCAGAAACCGCGUUACAGCAGCAACUUCAGAUGAACCCUUACGCCCGCGCUCUAGCUACAGACGUCAGGCAGUGUCAGAUCACGGGAGCUCGACUACCUCGUCAUUUCCUUUUGCCCGUAACUACACGACUGCUUCCGCUGAGUGGCGAUGAGGACUCAGCGAAACGCACGCCAAAAGCAACUCUUGACAUUGGCGUUGAGAUUGAUCGCAGCUUUGACGAUCAGACGAAGUGGCGUGGUCACACUUACCUUCUCGCUCGUCAGUCUGUGCUGCAUGAUCUUAAGCGGAAGAAGAAGUGGCCCCAGCUGAGCACCGAGCGAACGCACCGUUGGCUGGCUUCCAAGCUGGGCGUCCAAGCACAUGCAAUUGAUGCGCGGAAGCACUACGCGUGGGACGAGCGAGCGCCAGAAUUCACUUUUGACAAGCUUCGAUCCAGAGUGUUCAGUUUGCUUGAUGCCUUGCUUGUCCAGCAUCCGGACCUUGUCAUACCUGUUCCGCAUCAAAUGAUCGGUAACGAUCCUUCGCGCGAAGAGUGGUCGUGCUUAAUCGCACUGCAGGCAGGUCCCACCUUGACUAACACAACGAUUCCGAUCUUUGACGGCCAUGACAUCCUUGACCCAGAUGCGGUGCCGGAAACAUGCCAGCAAGUGCCUCAGCUGGCAGGAGCACGAUAUGUGGCUGUCAAAAAGCACGCGAAGACGGUCAGGCUACAGCUUGCACUCUUGAAACUGGAAGGCUACCUCAGAAACCAGCAACAGCCUGGUUGA